UCUGCCAUGAGUGACCAAGGAACAAACAACCAUUCUGAAGAGACUGACUUCAUUUUUGUAGGCUUCCGAGUCCAUCCAGAGUUCCAUAUUGUCUUAUUCCUAUUUUUCUUGUUUGCAUAUGGCAUGGUUCUUCUGGGUAAUGUUGGCAUGGUGGCUAUCAUCUUGACUGAUACCCGAUUGAGUACCCCAAUGUAUUUCUUCUUAGGUAAUCUUUCCUUCAUCGAUCUUUCUUACUCCUCUGCUGUGGCACCAAAGGCCAUGGCCAAUUUUCUGUCCUCAAGUAAGUCCAUUUCCUUUGCAGGUUGUGUGGCUCAGCUCUUUGUCUUCACCCUCUUCAUGGUAGCAGAGGGCUUUGUCCUGGCAGCUAUGGCCUAUGAUCGUUUCAUAGCCAUCUGCUCCCCACUCUUAUAUUCUAUUCAUAUGACAAGACGAUUUUGCACACAACUUGUAGCUGGUUCUUAUUUUUGUGGCUGGGUUACCUCUGUUCUCAUAGCUAGUAUGACUUUUACUAUGUCCUUCUGUGCCUCUCGGGUCAUUGACCACUUUUACUGUGAAUCCCAUUCAAUUGAAAAGAUAACAUGUUCCAAUAUCUUCAUCAAUAGAAUGAUGUCAUUAGUUUUGGCAGGAAUCAUUAUUUUGCCCACUAUCAUAAUCAUUAUGGUGUCCUAUGUAUAUAUUGUGUCCACUGUCUUGAAAAUCAACUCAGCUGAAGGUCGAAUGAAAGCCUUCUCUACAUGUGGGUCUCACCUUGGGGUGGUGAGUUUGCUCUAUGGAACAAUGUUCUUUGUGUAUCUCAUUCCUCCUAGUAACCCUGAGCUACGCAAAGUGGCUUCUGUUUGUUAUACCCUCAUCACUCCCAUGUUGAAUCCAAUCAUUUACUCUUUAAGAAACAAAGAUGUCAAAGAGUCUCUGAAAAGGAUUUUAGAAAAGAAAAAGAUUUUCCUCUGA